AUGCGUCGCUGGGCCGUAUCCCCCUCCCUUCCUCCGGCGGCGUUCGCGUCCGCGACUCUCGGACUCGGCGUCGGGCCUCCUCAAGCCCGAACCCUGGCUUCCGCUGCCACCCCCCCUCCUCUCGGCCACUGCUCUCCGCCAUGCCCCCGCCGCCCCCGCCGCCGCCGCAGCCUGUGCUCCUCCUCCGCGGCAGCGUCGGCUGCUACGACGGCACUGGCGGUAGAGGAGGCGCGGCGCGGGCGGAAGCAGCUGGGCAUGGACCCGCCGCUCUACGACUACCUCCUCUCCAACGUCCGCGAGCACCCCGUGCUUCGGGAUCUGCGGGAAGAGACGGCAUCCAUGAGGGGGAGCCAGAUGCAGGUUUCUCCGGCACAGGCUCAGCUUCUGGCAAUGCUUGUGCAAAUUCUUGGGGCAGAACGAUGUAUUGAAGUUGGCGUCUAUACUGGAUAUUCGUCACUAGCUGUCGCAUUAGCACUUCCUGAAUCAGGUCGUUUGGUUGCUUGUGAAAGGGAUGAAAGGUGUCUAGAAGUUGCCAAGAGAUACUAUCAGCUUGCUGGGGUUGCACACAAGGUGGAUGUCAAGCAUGCUUUAGCUGUAGAUUCCCUAAGGUCAUUGCUCGACUGUGGUGAAGCUUCCAGUUAUGACUUUGCGUUCGUUGACGCAGACAAGAGAAUGUACGAGGAAUAUUUUGAGCUUCUACUUAAGCUAGUAAGAGUUGGUGGUUUAAUUGUAAUGGACAAUGUCCUGUGGUAUGGAAGGGUUGCUGAUCCACUAGUGAAUGACCCAAAGACUAUCAGUAUAAGGGAUUUCAAUAAGAAACUUUUGGAGGAUAAACGUGUCACUAUCAGCAUGGUGCCAAUUGGGGACGGGAUGACAAUUUGUCGAAAGCUAGAAGAUGACUGA